AUGUACAAGGACAAUACGCAGAAUAAAAAUAAUCUACUUCACCUCUCUGUUAAUUCGAACACAGAUAAUUCAAUUUCUAAUAGCACCCCAGUUAUUUCCGACAUCAAGAGUGAUCAGAAUCUUAAUAAUAACUCGACAAACGACACUCUGAGCUCCUUUACUGCUUCACUUGAUCCAACCACCUCGAGUAGCCUUGCAAAUGAUAAAAAUGAAGUCGUUUUAAUUCAAUUAAAUCCUAAUCAUUAUCAUACUGUGUCUCAUACAGAUGAUGUCAAUUCUAUCAAUGCUGUUGAUACACCAGAAACUGUUUCCGGUGAUAACAUUAAUACAACUGAUCUUGAAGCAUUCACUGAUAACUUGCUUUCAUUAGCUGGGAAGAUUGAUAUUGACGGUUCUGUUAAUGAUAAGAUAUCGAAUUUUGAUCAUAAAGAUCAUAGCACAGGCCUGGAAGCCAGUUUGAACAAUGAGGAGCAAUAUAUUAAUUCUUUAGGACCAGUUUUAUCAACCUCAGAUUUUGAAAGAUACCAACCAACUAGGCCAUCAUCUUUAUCAGAUCCAUCUCCAUGCCUGCCCGAUAGUGAAACGGAUCAUUUGUUGGAUGCAGAUAUUGAUCAGACAACUCAAGUUUUGAUGCAAAUAGCACAGUCAACUCUACAAAACAAUACCCAACAAACUCCAUCUGAGUUGGAUAUCGAUUCCAGUGGCAAUGCCCACGAAACUGGUGGCAUGAUUGUGUCUUCGGUCCAAGAAGAUCUACCACAUGUAUUGAUAUCUGGAAAUGACUCUGAUGAUGACAAAACAGAUAGUUUUUCAGGAAACAAUCCAAAUGCUUUGAAUAUGAUACAAUAUGACGAGCCAGAUAAAUUUGACCAACUUUCUGUAGGUGUUCAACCAGAAUCCGAAUUAACAGAGUUAAAUGGAACGCCUGGCUUGAAAAAAACGAAAUCUAAUUUCCAAAAUGUUUGCCAAUUUUGUGGUCAUGUUUUUUCUCAUUCUGGGUCUCUUGGAAGGCAUUUGGAUCUGAAAAGAGGCACAAGACUACACCCUGCUGAUCAAAUUGACCUCAUUCGCGCUGAUGUCAAGCGUCGAGGAGAUGUUAUGGAAGUACGAGCACGGAGAGCAAAACGUGCUAAGGAAUACAAUUCUCGCGAAGAUGUACGUGAAAGAGCAAGAGCUAGGCGAAAAAUGAAAGAUCUAGUACAUAGAUCACGAGAACAAGCUCGUCAAAACUUUUUUGAUAGAAUAGGAACUCCACACUUGCCACCACAUCCUUCGUUUGCUUAUGUGGUAUUAUACUUUUUGCCGCCUGCUUUGUGGCCACACGAUCCCCCAACUAGUCAAACAUUGGAGCAAUUGAAACAAGCUUUGGAACCACUUCGAGAAUUUUAUGACAACAAAAUGCCUUUGGAAGAAUACACAAAUAAGAUCAAUGUCGCUUAUGAACAGUGGAGUUUGAUGAAUAAAGAUUCUCGGAUGGAAAUUUGGAAUCGAGAACAGCGGCGUGUAGCAGAAGCGGCCCUCGGGUCAUUAUCACUACAUGACUUGGGUUCACGAGAUUUAUGGUUGGACAUGGAAGAGCAAAGAAUUUCAAAGUUAGAGGAAGAUCAUCAUAAUUUUGGAGAGUCAGAGUCAUCUGCUCCCAUAGAUUCUAUCGAUGGAGAGUUACUUAACAGUUAG